CUGAAUCUAUCUGUAUUUUCUUCAUCUCUCUAACUCCCUGAUGGUGUUGUGGAAAAUGGAGUGCGCAUUCUUUUUCCAUCCUGUGGCUGUGUUAUCGUGCACUGUGUGCUUCACCAUUACAUGUGUAUAUUUCAUGCAGCAGUUUGGUGUCCAAGCUCAGCCCACCUGUUUUUUCCUCUUCUAUUCUUCCCUCACCUCAAGACUUCCACACGGACAUCCAGAACCCUAGGCUGCCUUGCCCCUGCCGCCCUGCACCAUGGAUGGCCUCAAGCCAGGGCACUGGACCCUGAUCCUGGUUCACAUCCUCCUGUUGCAGCUUCAGCCUGGUAAUGUGGAAGCAGGCGAAUCUCUGCACCAGAAAUUGCGCCAGAAAUUUCAGCGAUUCACUGAACAGUUCCAGAACUUCCAGGCGCUGACCCAGGCCCGUUUGGACACGUUGGUCCUCAACCAUGAGAGAAACUUCACUGGGAAGCUGGACAACCAAGUCCAGACUUUGACUGACCAGUACCACCACCUGUCACAGGAGCUCAGUCACAUCAAGAAGAACACAACGCAAGAACUGGAAGGACUCAGGCAACGUAGUAAGAAGCUUGAGAAGAAGAAUAUACGGCUUGAAGAUUGCCAAACUUGGAUGGAGAGAAACCUGAGGGAAACCCGUCGUCAUAUCCAGAAACAGAAGCCUGAUCUUAAUCUCAGUCUUUCCAAUCUUACUGUUAAGGCCCAGAGCCAAGAGGAAAGGUUGGCUGCCCUUCAAACCCAACAUGAUUCACUGCUAUCUGGAUUGAAAGAGUUGCAGCAAUCCCUGAAAAAUCAAGAGCUGCGCAUGGCCCAACUAGAGGGGAAACUUGGUGAAGUUCUGCGGUGGAAAGAAAGUGGGGCCACUCAGGGGCCGAGGAGGACUGGAAACCUAAUGGACUUCAACAUCACACCUGAAGAACCCUAUGCAUCUCCUGGAAGAAGCCAGGUACACAAAGGGAGGAUAUCUGGAAGGAUUCUUGAUGGGACUACCCAAUCUCAUCCAGAAGGAGCUCCAACAUUCACCCAUUUACAGGUCAUCUUUCAAAACCAAACCCUCCAUCAGCCCUUUCAGCACCAGGAAACUCCAAACCAGGAUAAACAUCUAAAAGCCCAAAACAAGUCAAGACUACAGUCAGAAUUUCAAGUGAAAUAUCCAAACUAUAAAUCUCAGUCCAUUAAUUUCAGGCAGCACCCUCAACCUGACCCUUUCCAGACUCUAAAACCACAGCAUUCAUCACAGAUCCAACCUCAACCUUAUCUCACAAAGCAUGAGCAUAAUCCACAAUUCCAGCUUCAGUCCCACCACCGAAUUCAAGUUCAACCCCAUUUCCAAGAUCCAAAUUUUCUUUUGUCUCCAGCUCAAACCAACCCCAAAUCUACAAAAGACAGAAACAUCAACACCAAACCAGGGGAUUCACAACCCCAGGGUUCAGGCAUCCUCCCCCAGGCACAGUCUGAGUCAUACCUACUUGGAACGAGAGGGUGGAAUGGAGGAAAUGUAGCCGAAAGUGAAGCAAAGUCUUCAUUGAUCCAUAAUGUUCUCCAGCUUCCUGAGAGGCAUAAGAUCCCCACAAGACCAAUUCCUAAAAAGGAUGCAACCAUCUGUAACGUGGACUCCAUGCUGUUCUUCCCCUCGGCCUCAGAAGAAAAUUACGUCACCUUCUCCUCAAGCUUUCCAAACCUUCCGGAACUUUCAGUCUGCCUGUGGCUCCAGGUAGAGGCUGACCAUGUCGGCACGCUGCUCUCCUACGCCACAGACGACAAUGACAACCAGUUUGUUUUGUAUGGAUGCAGCUCCUCCCACUCAUCUACCGCUCUCCUCUCACCUUCUGCAUCCUUCACAACUCCCUCCUCCUCCCCCUCCCUGGAUUUUGUCAUCGGAGACCCUGUCUUUCGCCAUCUCCCCGUGGUGUCCCUCCUGGAUAGUCGCUGGCAUCACCUUUGCAUCCUCUGGUCUUCCAUCCAGGGUCGCUUCUGGCACUAUACUGAUCAGCGCCUCACCUCUACGGGCUCCAACUUUCAGAAGGGUCAGGAGGUUCCUGGAGGUGGAUCAGUGGUGCUGGGGCAAGAACAGGACACUGUUGGAGGGGGAUUUGACCCUGCUGAAGGUUUUAAGGGGCAGAUAGCAGGGUUCAGGGUGUGGAACAGAGUUCUCAGCCCCUUGGAGGUCAAAGGGGUGGCACAAGGGCGGGGUGUGCCCAGAGGGGUGGUGCUUAGCAUGGAGGACAUAAAAGAGGUGCACGGGGAGGUGCAGCAGGUGGCAUGUGAAUGUUUGGAGCACUGUGUGUGAUGCAGAGCAUGAUUCAAUCAAAACUAGAAGAGCACUCACAAGAGAGUGUCAUGCUGCCAGGGUCCAAAACGCACCAUUUUGGCUGUUGGUUGAACAAAACAAGUC